GCGUGUCGCGUAUCACCAACGGCAAAACACAAGUUUGUAACGGGCCACUCCUUAUCACUCACGGAUUAUCACACAAUGCUCGUGAUCAACGUUGUUUUUUAGUAUUACCCUUCGUAUGCACGCGUUCACGCGGUGAUGCUUAUCGUGUGCAGCUAUUUGUGAUUCGUAGUUUUCGAUCGGCUCGAUCAGUAAAUCGUCAUCUUAAGAAAAAUGCUGAUCUGGAUUCUUUUGUCAUUCCUGGCUUUUGGAGAUGGCCAGUUUACUCAAGAACCCAUAGACUCUACCUCUAGAGUCCCAUGGAAUCGAUACGAUGAUCAAAAUGUGGGCUUCGGAUUUAGAAACCCCAUUCAAAGUGAAAAUGUCAUAAUUAAGGAAUCCACAUACUUUAUAAUCGCAUCUCGCAUGGUCAGACCUGAUCAAGUGUACCGAGUUGCUGUACAUAUCCUUCACAGUCCGCUACCUAUAGUAGUGCGCUCAUCUAUUCAGCGCAAUGGCGUGGAAGUUGCAGCAGAUCAUCAGAAGAUAAAAGCAGGCAUACCGGAAACCCUGAUGAUGCGUAUGCCACCUACUUCUGUAGGCGGUGAUUACAGACUGCGUGUAGAAGGGUUGUACAAUAGCCUAAAGGGUGGCCAAGCCUUCUUGAAUGAAACCAAGUUGAUAUUCUCCCAACGUUCCAUGACCAUCUUCAUACAGUUGGACAAGCCGGUGUAUAUGCAGAGUGACACAGUGCGAUUUAGGACAAUCCCGAUAGACACGGAGCUGAAGGCCUACAAUAAUCCCGUGGACGUGUUCAUGCUGGACCCGAACAGACGAAUCAUGAGAAGGUGGCUCAGCAGACAAACCAAUCUGGGCACUGUGUCGUUGUCGUAUCAGCUCUCCGAUCAACCGGUAUUCGGCGAGUGGAUCGUGCAGGUGAUCGCGCAGAAUCAAGUAGAGGAGAAGAGGUUCCUCGUAGAGGAGUAUUACCAAACGCGUUUCGAGGUGAACGUAACGAUGCCGGCGUUUUUCUUCAACAACGAUCCCUUCAUCUACGGCGUCGUCCAGGCGAAUUACACGUCCGGCGCGCCGGUGAAGGGUAACUUGACUCUGAAAGCCAGUUUCAGACCGCUACUGAGAACGCGCGAUCCGAAUAUAGCGAUCGAACCGAUCGAUAGGUACUUCAGCUUCAACGAAUAUUAUCCGUCCUGGUUCAGAACGUUGAACCUGUACGAGGAGAGAGUGCCGGUGCUGAGAUUCUUCAACGGCACGUACCACUUCCAGUAUCCCAUGCAGGAACUGUUGAACUUCGUGCCGUCCACCGAAGGCAUGGAGGUCACUGUGGUCGCGACGGUGGGCGAGAGAUUCUUGGACGAGGUGAUCGUCGGCUAUUCCACAGCGAGGAUCUUCAACUCCACGACGAAAGUGCGCUUCCUCGGCGGCAGUCCGCAAGUUUUCAAACCGGCGAUGCCUUUCACGCUACACCUGGUCGCGUCCUUCCACGACGACUCGCCGUUGCGUCCCACGCAGCUCAAGAACGCCGUGAUGGAGAUACAUUCAACGGUGAACAUGCGCAGCGGUGGGACACGCAAUAUCAAUAACCAGAAACUGGAACCGUCCUCGGAGCACGAGGGGGUCUGGUCCGUGAAUAUGGAUCUGCGGAAACUGCUCCAACUACAAAAAGACCCUUAUCGCGCUAAUCAAAUACUGAGCGACAUCACUUCCAUAAGGGUGUUCGCGCAAAUCCUCGACGGCGAGGGCUACAGGGCGAGCGCCGAGCUGUGGAUGUACGCUCACGAGUCGCCGAAUUUGAAGCACAUCAAGAUCUCGACGUCCACCGAAAACCCCAAGGUCGGCGAGUACAUGGUAUUCCACGUGCAGACGAAUUUUCACAUCGACACCUUCAACUACAUCAUCAUGUCGAAGGGUAUAAUACUGCUGACUGGAGAGGACAAUAUGCAGCACACUAUCACGACCUUCGCGAUUCCCCUGAGCCCGGAGAUGGCUCCGGUCGCGACCGCCUUGGUGUACUACGUGGGCCGCUACGGCGAGGUGGUGGCGGACUCGCUGACGUUCCCGGUGAACGGUAUCUCGCGCAACAACUUCACCGUGUUCAUCAACAACAAGAAGGCGAGGACGGGGGAACGCGUGGAGGUGGCGAUCUACGGCGAGCCCGGUGCGUACGUCGCGCUGUCGGGCAUCGACCGUUCCUUCUACACCAUGCAGGCCGGCAACGAGCUGGCGUAUGCAAACGUCAUCACAAAGAUGGCACAUUUCGACGAGGAGACCAACGGCACCCAUUUGCACACUUGGCAGUAUCACGACGGUGAUCCGGACGAGAUCGUGUAUUUCCCGUCGUCCACCUUCGGCAUCGACGUCAAUCGCACGUUUGAAUUCAUCGGCCUGGUAGUCUUCACGGACGCUGCGAUACAUCGUAAGCCCGACUUCUGCAAUCGGACUCAAGGAUACGGCGAGUGUUUGUCCGGUCAAUGUUACCGGCUGGAGAAGAGAUGCGACGGCACUCUCGACUGCGAAGACGGCUCGGACGAGGCGCGGUGCGUCGAGCGGAACGCCACCGACCUGGCAUUAUUCCGCAAGUGGCGGUUCAACCGGAUCCAACGGCACUACGAGAACGUCUGGCUCUGGAAGGACAUCAACAUCGGUCCGCACGGCAGGCAGAUCUUCAACAUCGACGUGCCGCGCAGGCCGGUUCACUGGAUGAUCACAGCGUUCAGUAUGUCGCCGAGCGUCGGCUUCGGUAUGCUGACGAAGGCGCUCGAGUAUACCGGCGUGUUGCCGUUCUACAUAAACGUGGAGAUGCCGAUUAAGAGUAGACAGGGCGAGCAGAUCGGCAUCCGGGUGUCCGUCUUCAACUACAUGUGCUACAACAUCGAGGCGACGGUGGUUCUAGCGGGCUCCAAGGACUACAAGUUCGUCCACGUCGAGGACGGCGGUAUCGUGCAGUCGUAUAAGCCGCGCACCUCCUUCGGUGAGCACCAAUUCUUCGUGUGGAUACCCGCGCAAGACGCUACCAUCGUCUACCUACCCAUCGUGCCGGUGAGGCUCGGUGACAUCCAGGUUCGCGUGCACGCGACCACUCUGAUCGGCAAGGACUCGGUGACUCGCACGCUGCACGUGGAGGCCGACGGGGUGCCGCAGUACCGGCACCAGUCGGUCCUGUUGGAUCUCAGCACCCGAGCCUUGUCGGUUCACUACAUGCACGUCAACAUUACGGAAACGCCCAUCAUACCGUACGACGAGAACCGUUACUACGUGUUCGGCUCCAACAAGGCGACCGUCAGCGUGGUGGGUGACGUGGUGGGGCCGAUCUUCCCGACGAUGCCGAUGAACGCGUCGAGCCUCCUGAAUCUGCCCAUGGACUGCGCCGAGCAGAACAUGUUCGGCUUCGCCGCCAACAUGUACAGCACCCUGAUGAUGCGCCUGAUCAACCAGCGCAAUCACACGCUGGAGAAGGAGAGCUUCUACCACAUGAACAUCGGCUAUCAACGGCAAUUGUCCUUCAUGAAUCCCGACGGCUCGUUCAGCUUCUUCCGCACCGACUGGAACCAAUCGAUGCCGAGCGUCUGGCUGACGGCGUUCUGCGCGCGGAUCUUCCAAGAGGCCAGUUUCUACGAGUGGGAGAAUUAUCUGUACAUCGAUCCCGAGGUGAUCAUGCAGGCGGUCUCGUGGAUACUCAAGCACCAGACGCCGGAGGGCGCGUUCUACGACGUGACCUGGCUACCGGACAGGAAGAUGAAUAGCUCGCUCAACUACGAGAACGACAUAAUCGCCCACAGAAACAUCAGUCUCACAGCGCACGUACUUAUCACGCUCGAGAGUGUCAAGGAUCUUAGCGGCACUCUAGGUUCUCAAGUGGCCUUGGCCGCGGCCAACGCCAUCAAAUGGCUCGAGAGGAACUUGAAAUUACUGGAGUUGCACGGCAAUCCCUACGACAUCGCCAUAGUGUCCUACGCGCUUUUGGUGUCGAAGGCCGCCGCCGCCGAGCAAGCCUUCAACAUUCUUUCAGAUCACAGACGCUCCGUUAGCGGGAUGAUAUAUUGGGGCAGAGAAGCGGUGCCAGCUCCACCAACCAAGAUGGAGAAUCAGAAGCCCUUCCACCUGCCGCGUUUACCCUACAGGUACGACUCGGAGAAUAUAGAGACUACCGCGUACGCCCUCCUCGUCUACGUCGCCAGGCAGGAGUACAACACGGAGUACAUAGUGACCUGGCUGAACUCGCAGAGGCUGACGGACAGCGGAUGGGGUUCCACGCAGGACACCGUUUGGGCCAUAAAGGCACUGUUGGAAUACACCGUCAAGUCGAGGAUCAGGGAUGUGAGCUCGCUCAAGGUACAGAUAGAAGCUACAUCUCUGCCGGGACAGAUCAAAUACUUGUCCUUUAAUGGCAAGAAUCUGGCGCAGCGUCAAACCCUCGAGAUACCGGAAGCAUGGGGAACCGUGAGGGUAGAGGGGCGGGGCGCAGGUUACUCUAUUCUGCAGAUGACCGUGCAGUACAACGUGGAUAUCCAGAAAUUCCAGACUAUGCCGCCGAUCAAAGCCUUCGAUCUAGUCACUCGAGCGAAUUUCCACGGCAGGAAUCAGUCUCACAUAUCGUACGUCAGUUGUCAAAGAUGGAUCAACGUCAACGAAUCCUUGCGUUCCGGUAUGGCGGUGUUGGACGUUGGCAUACCAACUGGCUACAUAAUCCAGCAGCAAACCUUGGACCGGUACAUCCUCUCGAAGCAGGUGAGGAAUCUUCAGAGAGCGCGCUUCCAGGACAAAAAGGUGAUCUUCUACUUUGAUUAUCUGGACACCGAAGAGACGUGCGUGAACUUCACCGUGGAACGCUGGCAUCCAGUCGCUAAUAUGUCGCGAUAUCUUGCCAUUCGCGUUUACGAGUUCUAUACGCCAGAACGCUUCAACGAAACUAUAUUCGAUGCACUGCCCACGUAUACGUUGAAUAUCUGUGAGGUUUGUGGUAGCUCACAAUGCCCGUACUGUCCAAUUUACAACGCAGCCACACUUCUAGCCACGCCGGGAGGUUUCCUGCUCAUCGCGUCGCUCGUCGUCACGAUAACGAGGUACUUCCGAACGCAGCAAUUCAACGACGGUUAGCGGCUCCUGGAUAAAGGUAAUAGCGUUCGAUCCUCGUUCGAUACAGUCGUCCGUUUCUAUCGUUAUCAUUUUCCUCCGUUAAAUGGAGCAUGAAUAUCGAAUGGUACAACAAUCAGAGCCUAAUACGUGUCCACGAAUCUCUCAUUUCUGAUGAUUUGAAAAACCGUGUGUCGGGCACACAGAGUUUUUCUAGAUGUAUUUUAUAGAUAUUUUUCCGUAAUUUUUGAAAUUUCAGGAUUUUUUUUUACGUAUAGGAUAAUGCUAUUAUAUUGCAGGAGAUCUCGAUAGUUGGUUUAAAAAGAUUCAGAUACUUUGUCGCGAAACUGAUAUAAUAGUAUCUUUUUAAAGAUAUAAUCAUUAAAUUGGUAGACAGUAUGGUUUUGCAAAUGGGCCGUUUUUUUUUAUACUGUCAUGUUUUAUUUGAGAAAAAUUGCCAAAAUAAGUAAAAAUAAUUAUUUUCAUUGGACGGGAAGAAUAAUAUCGAGAUUCACAAUAAAAUAUGAUUAUUUCGUAAUAACGUGCCGAAUUAUCUCUUGCAUAUCAUUCUUUUGGAUUACGUUUGUGGGAUAAAUUUUUUUAAUCGUAUAAAAUUUUAAGUAAGCUUUUAAUUGACGUGCAGAGGUCACGUACAGAGGCCAGCUAAAUAUAGCUGUCAUAAUGCUGCUAAAUUAUAAAAAUGUCAAGAUCUUUCACAUAUCGGAAAGUCCUUAAAUUACCUUUUCACAUUUGAACGAUACGCUAGGAGAUUGUAUUGUCAGCAGUGAAAUAUAUAACUGAUAUAUUCACUUACCUGCCUGCCAAAAAGAUAAACUGUACAGGCAAAAGGCAUGAUGUAUUUACUUCUAGAUGCGAGGAAACGCACAAAUGUAUUGUAUCGUGAUCAGUGUUUGCCGGUAUCUAGAUAAAAUUAUCUAAAUAUUCGUCCAGAUGAAUAAGUAGAUCAUCUUUAUCUAGGUGGAAGAAGUACAAAAUAUAUUCAUCUUAGAUAAAAAAAUGUUAUCUCAUCUAAAAAUUACCUGAAAUGGUAUGGUCCAUUUUCUGAGCUCAUUCUUCGAUCAAAUGAACGACAUCUCAUCUAAGAUGAAUUUAUCGGAUUUCCAUCUCAGCUUCAUCUAGAUAAAUCUGAAAUCAUCUCAGGCAAACACUGAUCGUAAUCUUAUGAGACUGCACGGUAUUGAAAGUAAUCGUUCUCGAAAAUAUUGACGCAAUUUCGAGCGUUUCGCGCGAAAUCCGCGAUUUUAAUAUUGUUAUAACGAUUAUUAUUAAUUCUUAUAAAUACUAUAUUAUCCGUCCCGUUUUUUAAAUCUUAGAAAGCAGUUAAAGUUAUUUACACGGUUAGGGCAUUGUACUCUUGGAGGCAAGGCAUCUCAAGUACAAAUCCAGCGUAAUAGUCGUAGCCAGCGACUUUUGCACGCAGAGUCGUUAGCUAUGCUAUUGACCGUUAUUACCAAAAUAAUCACGGCAAAAGUGUUCGUAGUCGUUAAAAUGAAAAGAAAAACAAGAGCCUACCGAGAACACAACCGCUGCUAUCGCUCGCCCGUAGUUUUGGAUCUUGAAUAAGUUGUCAUAAAUAUCUCUUUUCUUUUUCUUCCAUAGUUCUCGGUCUAAAGAUCGUUUCAUGAUAUUUCGUACUCUAUACUCUUUUUUUUUUCUUUUUACGAAAUGAUCGUUUGCAAAUCGUGCCUUCGUAGUACUCGUUAACAUUUCUGGCAUUAAUGCUUCUUUCCGUUCUACAUCUUAUCUCAUUCCUCAAAUACAAAAGAUCAAUCAAAGAGAUACACAUGCGUAUACACAUUAUCAGUGUGAUCGGCAUAGUGUGUAAAUAGUAGAGCGUAGAAGACGUAAAUAUAUUCCAGUUCGAUGCGAGUAAUCGAGCGAAUGACAAUGAUACCGUCCUGUUUAUAUAUAUUAUUCGCGCGAAUCAGAAGGACCGUGGGGUCCCCGUAAUAAUUAGUGCCUCGAGAAAUAUACAUUUACAUGUAUAAAUAUGUAUCUGUUGAAACCAGAAAAAGAAAAGAUACGUCAAAGGUCUAUUUUAAUAACAUAGCUCUUAUUAUAGAUAUAUAUAUAUAUAUAUAUGUAUAAGUUGUAGUUACAUAGCGUAAACCGUUUACGCCACCGGUGCUUUAAGGGUCCGCCUUGAACGUAACUGUCGCAAUUCGCACGCACAGCAACUUCGUACGCUAUCCGCUAAAAUAAUUUAUUACACUCGAUCUCUCUAAAACGAACGCCGACGACGGACCUUUAAAAUCGCAUCCGCGUGCGCGUGACGCUUUGAGAUACCGUCCAUGAGAAAGUCUGCUUGGCGAUAAACAUGUACUUUAUAGUAGUAACAGAAAGAAAACGUCGACAGAAACGAAAGUCGCGAAGCGCACGAUCUCGCACGAUCUCGCACGAUCGAGCGAUAGAUCCUUCUUUAGAGAUUAACGAAGACAGCAUUUUAACACACGUUGAAUAUACAUACAUAUAUUUUUAAGUUUUUUAACCUUUAUAUAAAUGAACAAUAAAAAGAUGAUUUCGUAUUCCGUCUGGUGUACUUGUUCCUGAUUCCCCGAAUGAACCGAACGAGAGUGGCGCGUCGUAUCGAAGGAUGCAGGGGGUGAAGAAGAUGUGCAGUCAAGUUUCGUCGGCCUGUUUUCGAAGCAAUCUUUAAUAUAGCAACAUAGUCAGUCUUACAAUAAUAAGCCAAAAAUACAAUCUAUAUGUCAAGCCUGGCGGGGAACGGGCGAAAAAGACUUCUUUCCUUCUCUCGUGAGCAUCUUCGGCGAAGUUGAUCGCGCGGCGAGAACCUCACGGCGGGAAGAGGCGCGUUUUGCUUUCGCCCGGACCCCUCGACGAAUUUUACAAUUUUACACAUAAUUAUAAUGUAUCACGGUCGUGAAACUGUAGGUCCUGCUCUCUCUUUUUCUCUCUCCAACGAUGCGGAUUCGCACAACUAAUAAGACGCACGCGCGUUGCUUUCUCUCACUCUUUCUCUUUCAUUUUCUCCUUAUCUUUUUACCUAUCGUGCCAACGGAAUGAUCAUCAUGUAUAAUUAGCCUCGACGAGCCCUUUUUUCGCAAAACUAUACUUCGAGUUCGACUACACAUCAAGCUGAAGUUCGGAAACGGACUCCCGCCGCGUACCCCUUUUUUGCAGCAGUUGCGAGUGAUCUUUCUCUCUCUCUCUCUCUCUCUCUCUCUCUCUCCUUAUCAUUCUCUGCGUUGAUAACGAUUCCUAAAAUAUUAUCGAACGUUUCGUCCCAGUUCGCUUGAAUGUGCGGAUUGUCAUUGUUGAAGAGGUUUGAUCGUCUCGUAAAUUUCAUUAUAAAAGCGACGUGAUCAAGCGACUAACUAACGCGAGCGACGUCACCGGCGCGACGUGAUAAAUAUGUAUUUUUAUAAAACGCCUAGAAACUUCUACAGUCAGCUACCGAAGCGUCUCCCUUCCGCGACAGAUCGUCACACUUUGUUCGCGCGACUCGGAUACUCCUAGUCGGGAUAUUCUUGCAAAGUUGCAUAAGCUUCUCAUAGUUGUAAGAUACGCUUCGCCCAUGACAUUAAAGGGAAGAUAGCAUGGAAUCUCGUUAUCGCUCGUUUGCUUGGGUCCGCUUUAGGCAAACGUUUCCGGUCUGAUGUGCGGAUAAUUGAAAAUCAAUAAUUAAAAGGAGCUCAUGCUCGUCCCCAACGUGAAACCUUUUUUGAUCGGAGGUUAUUUGAACGCGCAAAGUAUCCGAAAUUUCCUCUCCUUCUCUCUUGUCGAGAGGAAAUAACUGAGAAUAUACAUGGAUAUACCGUGUCUAGCUAUACAGAAAAUAUCGAAACGGAUGACGUUCGCUAAAUCGAACAUGAGGUUGAUCUGCAUUGAAAAGGGCGCAAAACAUUUCACGAAAGCGCAAUUUCGUAUUCGGGCUUUUGUGCUUAAGACUCGGUCGUUCGAUCAAUAUCAUCAAUUAUUCUCAUGCGACACGCGUUCUGCGCCGCAAAAUCGAUUUUCCAAACAAACGCGUUGCUUUCUAUCUCUCUCUUUCUCCCUCUCUCUCUCUCUAUAUAUAUCUUUCGUGUGCAUUUGAAGCCCUCGCCCGAUCCUACAGCGUGUAGUAACAUUCACAACAUUCCGGAUUAUAAUCAUCGUUUCUGACGUUCGUGCUACGGACCUAGAUGAAAAAUCAGGGCAGGAGGAAACGAUCGAUACAAAUAUAUAGAUAUAUUAUAAUAUAAUAGAGUUAUUUGAUGAAACAUUUAAAGCCGUACAAUAAAAUAUACAGUAUGAUGUGUGUGUCAUCGUUAUUCGUGUGUGGGCGUGUGUCUCGUGUGUAUUCGUGUGUUAUCGGUUACCUCGUGUGUAUACUUCGGGAUUAAGUGUAUCUUACGUGUUUAAAAGAUGUCUCAAAAUAUGCAGCCACAUUUACCAUGUUUUUCGCAUUAUUUUUUUUUAUAUCGUGUAUACUUUUUUUGUAUUUUUUUUUCCUCGGAUCGAUACGUUUUCUUGAUGAGUAAGAUAGCAAGUAUGUACUUUUUGGAUCGAGAGAUUCGAUACGGCAGUAAUUCUUCUUGGCGCUCUUGCGCGACUCUUUUUCUCUCCCUCUUUCCGAUGAGAUAUUCGCGCUGAGAUAUAUCGUCGACACAUAUCUUCCCCCUCGUCCGCGUCUAUUCUUCUUCGCAUAGUGAUUUGUAUAAUAUAGAUAUCGGUAUACAGAGCUAGUAUCAAAUCCUAACGAAAUCGGCUACACCAAAAUUGUUCCAACGUUCCAACGGAGAGAUAUGCACUUUGUUCUGCACCGGCCAGCUCCUCCGGCGAGCCGCGUUCCGCCGAGGGCACACCCUCGAGA